AUUUCACUGAUCGUUUCAUACCACACGUAGAGUCACUUUGCUCUAUCUUUAUAUCCUCAAUCAGUGCUCAUCAGACCAGCUACCCAGCACACGCACACGCACAUACGCAAGCGCGCAGCAACACAGCAACAGACUCAUCAGCACAUAUCAUCCACACCCACCUACGACUAGUCUAUCGCCAUGACUUCCGUUGGCCAGACCGUCUCCUCCGUUAAGGAGACGCCGCAAAAGAAUGCCGUCACGCAGGCCGUCUCCGCCAAGGAGAAGAACGCCGACGUCGACCGCAAGAUCCGCUUCUACGGCGUCAUCCAAGCAUUCCGCGAGGGUCGCUACCCUGACAACCGUCAAAUUGACGAGACCCUCAGCUUCGUUGAGAAGAAUAGCCCCGUCAACCUCGAAGAGCUCUCCGAGGAUGGCCGCAAGCUCGUUCAGGACUUCCGUGCUAUCAUCCACACCGCUCGCCAGAUGGUGCAGGACAAGAACGCCAGCGAAGAGAUUCAGAACUUCCUCUACGCUUCUCGCAAGGCAGCCGUCGCAGACAAUGCCGGUGUCAAGUCGUCGCUGAGCAAGGACGAUGCCCGCAAGGAUGCAGAGACUGCUGGCGAGGCCUUCCGCACCAUCAUCAAGCUCUUCCUUCGCAACGGCGAGUUCCGCAAGCUCGUCAAUGACGCUGGUGUCAUGGGUCGUGACAUCUUUGCCGACGCCGCCGUCAAGGCCAGCGACAUGGCUCGUCCCGACGAGGAGAAGCUCGCUCAGGUAGACCAGCCAGCUCCCGACAAUGAGUUCCACGACGAUAUUCCUCAGGCGCUCAAGACCAAGAGCCCAGAGGAGAAGGAGGCCGCUCAGAAGGAGAAGGAGGCCGAGAAGGCCGCCGCCAAGGCUCGCGCUCAGCAGGCUGCCAACAACAUCGACCCCAACGACCCUACCAACCAGCAGAGCAAGAACGCCGUCAAUGCUCAGGCUCAGGAGCAGAAGGAGGUUCUCCUUUCCAAGAUUCCUCAGGAGCACAAGGACCGCAUCAACGAGCACAAGGACAAGACGGCCAACUACUUCAAGGAGAAGUUCCCUGAAGAGCGCCGCGAUCACUACAUCUUCCGCCUCAAGAAGGUCCUCGUUGAGUGCCAGCGUCACCGUGACUGGCAAGACGCCAUCACCUACAUUCUCAACACCCUUGAGAACUACAAGGGCCACGCCAACGACAUCCACACUCAGGUUGAGGGCUCAGCCAAGAACGUCCGUGGCGAGGGCAACAUCCAGACUGCCGAGAACGCAUUCCGCACCCUCCUCGAGCGAUUCGCCAAUGGCCGCCCAACGCAGCCCUUCAUGAACGCCGUUGACCAGAUCUACACGGACGUCAAGAACGACCCUGAGCUCAAGGACUGGUUCAAGCGUCUCGACUCGUACAUCCGUCGUGCUCUCCUUGAGCCCGGCUACGUCAUGAAGGACGACGCCGACCGUGAGGCUCGUCAGCUCGUCGAGAGCGGCAAGAAGUUCUUCGUCGCGUCGGAGGGUCGUGACCAGGGCAAGUACAAGCCCCACGUUGACGCCCUCUGGGACGAGCUCACCACUUUCACCAAGGGCAUGUCUGAAGACCCGCUCAACGUCAAGUUCGGCGAGCAGUGGAAGACGCUGUUCAACGACCUCAUCUACGACUCGAGGGGAAGCCCCAAGUUCAAGGCUGCUCUGCUCCAGGACAUUGUCCAGACGAUCCUGCCCCAGCUCCUCCGUCACGUCUCGUUUGUGCCCCUCCCGCGCAUCGAGUACACCGACUCCGAGGUCGACCUCGUCGUCGAGAACAUUGCCGUCGCGCCUAUCAACCUCUUGCCCAACCUCUUUGAGUUCGAGGCAAAGAACUACGUCAAGGCGUCGGCCUUCAAGGGCAUCGACAACCGCCAUCACCACUCGUUCAAGCUCACUCUCAGCCAAGUCCACCUGGAGAUGCGCGACGUCUACUUCCAGAUCAACAAGAAGACGGGCAUGAAGGUACAGGAGCACGGUGUUGCCGACGUCCUCCUCGGCGGCAAGGGCAUGACGGUGACGGCCCACAUCGAGGGUGGCAACGAGCCCCGCGGCCGCCGCGCUCGCAACGUCUUUGUCGUCAAGCAGGUCAAGGCUCAGAUUGACAACCUCGACUUUGCCAUCCGCAAGUCGAAGCACGACCUCGCCAUCAAGAUCUUCCGCCCCCUGGCCAAGUCGAUCAUCAAGAAGCAGGUCGCAAAGGCUGCCGAGGCUGGUAUCCGCGACGCCCUCGAGAAGCUCAACGACCAGCUGACCGAGGCUCGCAAUGCCGUCUACGAUGCCGAGGAGGGCAAGAAGGGCGACGCUUUGAAGCAGAAGUUCUCCAAGGACAAGUCCGAGACUGCCACUGCCGGCGAGAAGAAGGGCACUUUCAAGAUCCCUACGUCGAAGCGCGACUCGGUUCUCCCCAACCUUGGCUCGAAGGACGGCUGGAUCCACAAGCUCGACGAGAGGAACGAGGCUGCCAAGGACGCGACCAAGGGUCCACAGGACUGGCACUCGCCUGCGUUCUCCAUCGUGGGCCGCUCGUAAGCGCGCAUCAAGGUGGGACGAGAAGUAGGGUGAGGAGGAGCUAUCACAGCGGUCAUAGAAACCCUUGGUGCGGCAUCUUGUCCUCCCCGCACUGUCGUAGGAGGACGAGGGGCUACGCACUUACAUACCCUGGCCGUUUGAGAUAGCUUCUGCUCUUUUCUACGAUCCGCACCCGCCCCUCUCGCCCGCCUUCUCCCCCACUCUCCCCUCUGCUUGCCUUUUCAAAUGUGUGUUCAUCUAUCUUUGCACGGAAUCGUAUCC